AUGAAGCCUGUGAUGGAAAUCGUCAACUAUAUCCGCACACAUGCGCUCAACCACAGGCAAUUCAAGAAUCUCAUCGCUGAGCUGGACCGAGAGCUUCCAGGUGACCUGCCGCUGCACUGCACUGUGAGGUGGCUGUCAAAAGGCCAGGUACUCUCUCGCUUCUUUGAGCUUUUGAAUGCCGUGAAACUGUUUAUGGAAGAGAAAGACAAGGACUAUCCCAAGCUCUCGGACCUCAAGUGGAUUAUGGAUUUGGCCUUUUUGGUCAACAUGCUGUGUCACUUGGAAAGACUGAACCUGAACCUGCAGGAUCUGAUCAGAUUGACUGGCUCUGGAUCGACUCGAUGCUCUGGAAGAGUUGAAAUUUAUCACAAUAACAUCUGGGGAACAGUCUGUGAUGAUGGCUGGGACUUAAAUGAUGCUGAAGUGGUUUGCAGAGAGUUAAACUGUGGGACGGCAUUAGAGGCUCCUCAAACAGCUCACUUUGGUGCAGGAACUGGACAGAUUUGGCUUGAUAAUGUUGCCUGUUCAGGAAAUGAAAGUUCUCUAAUUGAGUGUAAAUACAACCAAUUUGGAACACAUAACUGUGGACAUGAACAGGACGCAGGUGUCAUCUGUUCAGUUUAUGUUCUUUCCUUUAUAGGUCCAGUAAGAUUAGUUGGCUCUGGAUCGACUCGAUGUGCUGGCAGAGUUGAAGUUUAUCACAAUAACAGCUGGGGAACAGUCUGUGAUGAUGGCUGGGACUUAAAUGAUGCUGAGGUGGUUUGCAGACAGUUAAACUGUGGGACGGCACUACAGGCUCCUCGAUCAUCUUACUUUGAGCACACAGCUGUGGACAUGGUCAAGAUGCUGGUGUUGUAUGUUCAGGUCUACAACCUGGGCCUUCCCCCAUUAAGACAGCUGGCCCCGCCUCAGCUGGCUCAUUUUGAUUUGGAGGAGCUCCUCCCAAAUGACUGA